GAAUAAGGAGAGAUUCGUUUGGGACUGUUUAAUUUUAUAGGUCUGCACCCUGAUGCUAUAAACAGGAAUUUUAUUGUGUCAUAAAUUUUAUGCCUGACGUGAGUUUCAUCGUUAACUCUGAGACGUUGACCUUUGACCUUUUUUAUUGAUUGCUUCAACUGCACAAAUUUAAUCAGAAGCGACCAGAGUGGAAAGGUAGAGGAUCAAUGGUCCCUUUGUCUGGUGACAAACUGUUGACUUAUAGUUUAAGUGCUUUGAUUUUGCUGACGAAAUGACAAAUGUUGUUGUUUUAUCAGAGCAAAGAACAAGAUCGUAUGACUGAAACUAUCAUUCGAUUUAUCAAAUUAUCAUCUAUGGGAUUCUAUAAUAAAAAACAUGUCGUAAACCAAACUAUUAAUCUGUGCUACACAUACAAAGAUGAAACUAUCAGGAUGUAUUUUGAUAUAGAUCACCUUAAGAUACAACUAUUAGUCCUUUAUUUAAUUAAUUACUCUUUCUACAGAAUUAAGUCAUUUUUCAAGCAAAAAUGCUAAAAAACAAUUUCCAUUUUCUCAAUUUGCUGCCCGUCUUUGUCUCAUGUGAUAGUAAACUGAAUAUCAAUUUGAAGACGUCACUGUAACCCCAAAUCACCAUUUAUUCAUCAGCACAAAGCUGUUCCCUUCACAGGCAACUGAAAGCGUUUAAUGUCUGUGUGUGUGAAGGAGGCUCUGGUUCAUUCGCUCUGCAGCGCCGCCCAGAGGCCAUCGACACACACUGCUCUGUGGAACAAAGCCAAGACGGUCACGAGUAGUUCUGUCAUCUCAUUCCUCUGGAAGACUUCAUGUAGUGUGCGUCGCUCCUACGUGAUCAUCGGAAUGACCCUCCUGUCUGGAGAUCCGUGUUUUAAAACGCCUCCCGGCACAGCAAAGUCCAUCUCCAUCCCAGGACAAGAACACACCCUGCAGCUGGACUGUAAGGGGGAGGGAACGGCCGAGCCCGGGCCAGCUGGAGGGGUUUCUCUGGGCCGAGCCUCCAAGCCUCGACCUUCCAUCAUCAGCUCAGGUCUCCUUGAAGAAUCAGAAGUGAACCACUCCAGUCCUGCCGAAGUCUUCCACUCUGGUCACUCUCGUAACUCCAGCUACGCCAGCCAGCACAGCAAAAUCUCAGGCUACAGCACUGAGCACUCCUGCUCCUCCAGCCUGUCAGACCUCACACAUCGAAGGAACACCUCGACAGGAAGCAGCGCCUCUGGGGGCGUGGGCUUCACUGCUGACACACCUACAGAGGGCGACAGGGACGCCGGACGUCCCGAAAGACCCCCUCGACCCCCGCGACCCAUCUUACCCACAAACAGGCCCCCCAGGAGAAAGCAAGACUCGGUGGAGAGUCACCCCUCUUGGGUGAACGACACACGCAUGGAUGCCGACGACAUUGUGGAGAAAAUUGUCCAAAGCCAAAACUUUGCAGAUGUCAACAACACUGAAGACAGCAACCUGCGUCUGUUCGUCAGCAGAGAUGGAACGACUUCGCUCAGCGGCAUCAGGCUUGGGAACAGGGUGUCUGCAGGCGGGUACGAGCCCGUGGUGAUAGAGAGUCAUUAAACCGAGCAGCAGGAGAGGCGGACAUGUUGAGCUGUGGAUGGAGGAUCGUCUCGUCUUUUGUCUCGCUGGUUUUCCUGGAGCUUCAGCCGGUCUGACGCCGUGAGGGGAAAAACCUCGUCAGUUUGCACUUUAUGUGAAGUUUGUCUGCACUCCGUUCAGCUGUUUCUCUGUGAUGUUGAGGGCGACAACUCAACGUGAAAUGCACAAAACAUUUCUGUGAUUCUGCUUGUGGUUUGUACACCUAACUAGAUUUUGAAUGUGGAUCUAGAUCUAAAGAAGUCCAGACAUUUCAGGAGAUCACACUUUAUGGCCAUUUAAUUUGACCUGUUAGGUGAUAAAUGAUUCAGACACCAAGAUCAUCCAUUUGUCCCCAGUUUAUUCUGAUAAGUGAUGCGUUAUGCUAUCUGUACUGGUAGUAAAAGGAGGGAAACAGUUACUCAACUAUAUCACAUGUUCAUUUGUGUGUCUCUUAGAUGAUGCUAAUGGUCAGCUGUCACUUGAAUAUUUUCUGUGUUCCAGUACAAUGUACUAUGUGUCAUAAACUGUUUCUGCAGUAAGUAUAUAAAAAAACCAGGAAAUUGUGCAGUUGGCCCGCAGACCAACGCUUGCUAAAAUUCACAAAAGGAAACGCAAUGAUUUUCUAAAAUAUUUAAGACUUCAAUUAUUCACUAUAUAUUUUUAUUUAGCGACAUCUUUCUGUCGGUGUCUCGCUAGCACCUCCAAUUUAUUUGACUUUUUUUCUAACUGAGCCGCUCCUCCAUUUCCUUUCUUCUUUGUGUACUGUAUACUUAGUUUAAUCACUUCAGCAGUGUGCACUGUGUCAGUGUCACUACAGACUUAACAUCGGCUCAGUUUUAGUAUGUAAUGUGGAAUUAGCGAGCGUUAGCAUGUAGCCUGCUCUGUUUAUAUUGUUUAUGCACAAAACUAGCGAGGUCUUGUUAGGGACGGUGUUAGUUAAUAGCUAUUAGAGUUGAAAGCUGUUUCUUCUUCAGUGACGGUCAUGAAUAUAAAAAAACAAACAUCUCUUCUCGAGUGAGUAAGAACGACUACGAUAUAAUCCACAUGGUCUCUAACUUCAGUCUAUAAAACAAUCUGCGAGUAAUGACACUAUAUUAAAGCCACUUACAGACGGGGACAGGAAGUUGCUGCCAGCUGGCCUGAAGUGACUUCAUGCUUUACUGGGGACGGAUGGAUGAUAAUGGUUCAUGUCACCUCCGGUAACAAACCGGCCCAUUUAUUAUAAACUUGAUUUAUUCCUCUAAUGUCAUAAAACAUUUGAUACCCACAUCACCUGCAGGAUGAUAUGUUCAUCUGAACCAACAGUCAUUUUUCUCAAAGCUCCCGUUUAGCUGACGGGUUGUAGUCACUUUAAUUUGGCCAGAAGUUGUGCAUUUGUGUUGCUCGUAAGAAAGAAUCUUACUGGGAGUUUAGUGAACGUGUCAUGUUUAAUUUGACUGCAAGAGAAGAGUUUCCUUCAUUAAAAAGUCCCAAAAGCACAAGAGGAUAAAAUAACUAAAACUAAAAGCCCUUGAUGUAAAUUUGAAGUGUGUAAACUUCCACCGACAGGCAACACAUCCAAACACUGAAUGUGAAGAGUUUAGAAAACCACUGAGCGGCCGUGAAGAUGCAGACACGCUGAACCGCUUUAGUUUCUUGUCUUUUUGUUAGAUGUUGUUGCUGUUCCGUGUUGAUCGGGGAAAAGCAGUAGAACCACUUUGUGCCUGUAAAGUUUCUCUUGAAUGAUCCUAAAGCACCACGGAAACUGUGACAAGAGUGCUCGUGAUGGUGAGGAGAGAAAUAUUGUUUCCUGUUUUUGUUUUUGUUUUUAUGUUGUAACUUGGGGGUGAAUCCCACUGUACACUCGCUGCAUGUUGCUGCUCCAUCUCCAUGAACGAUGACUAUAAGAUUUAUUUCUCCUCUGUCCUCAGCCAUCAGAAGUUACAACUAAACGUGAGGUCAUCUGAACAACAGUGGCACAAGCUGCUCUGAAUUUAUUUUGAAGAAGGGGUUAACUCCACGAAGAGGGAUUUGUGCAGACUGUAAAAGUCUUUGUUGCCCCCUGGUGGAGCAAUGGCAUGCUGUCAGGUUUACGCAUGAGUCCAGGCCCUUUGGUUUUUACAUGGACAUUUGGUUUGAUUACAGAUGUCUUCAGAUGAACGAACAGUAAAGAGGCAGAGAGAAGGACGAG